AUGUGCAAUGCCCAGAGGACUCCCCUGUCCCUGAUCUCUGUCAUCCUGAUCACCUUGGCUUGCAGUGCUGUGGUUUUCCUUGUCAUCUUCCUUAUCGUCUGCAUUAGAAAGCCCAAGGAUGCCUUCCUGGAUCUGUCUGGUGUCCACGAGAUCAAGGGCACAUGGAUGGCAUCCACCAGUUUACCGUGUACCUACAUGCCCUCAGAAGGUUUCACACAGCAAACGCUCACCUGGAGCAUAGAGAGGGACCAUAGCACCUCUACCAUCUUCAGGAGGGACGAGACUGGUGACCACAUCUUGUUGUCCCAGUUCAGAGACCGGGUCAGUGUCCCAAAGCACAGCCCAGGGAACAUCUCACUUCUGAUCAAGAACCUUGAAAUCCCUGACAGUGGACACUAUACAUGCCAAGUCGUCUGGAGAUCUAUAAACAACAGCUUGAUAACAAAGGAGGUGACCACUAUGGUUAAAGUUGUCAAAGUUGCAGUGACCAAGCCCAUCAUCAGGCCGGGCGAGCUGGGGCUGGUGGUGCCCGCGGGAGCCAGGACCAGCCUGACCUGCGUGGCCAGCGGGUCCCCACCGAUCCGCUACCGCUGGUUCCGGGGCAGCCCGGGGGGGACAGCCCAACCCCUGGGCAGCCAGGCUGAGCUGGCCUGGGCCCGCCUGCUGCCCUCGGACGCCGGCACCUACUUCUGCCAGGCAGAGAACAGGGUCGGGGCGGCACAGCACAGCGACACCGUCCAGCUGCUGGUCACAGAGAGGAAACUAAAGGGGCUGGUGUUCUCCCUGCAGCAGUGUGACUGCCCGGGGGGGACAGCCCAGCCCCUGGGCAGCCAGGCUGAGCUGGCCUGGGCCCGCCUGCUGCCCUCGGACGCCGGCACCUACUUCUGCCAGGCAGAGAACAGGGUCGGGGCGGCACAGCACAGCGACACCGUCCAGCUGCUGGUCACAGGUCUGCCCGCAGCGCCGACAGUCUCCGGGGGGGAUGCCGCUCCGGAGGGGCCCCCCACUGCCGCAGGUGCCCCCCGGGCAGCCCCGUCCCUGCUCCUCGCCGCGCUGGGCGCCGCGGCCGGGGCGCUGCUGGUCGCGCUGCUGCUGCGGCGGUGGAAGAAGCGAAAGCGACGGGGACGAGACGGGGACGAACCUCUCUAUGAAGUUGCUUUCCACAGCACUGACACAAGGUUGGAAGGUGAUGUGGAGGUCCCUGUGAAGAGCCUGCACCAGGAGACAAAGCCUGAAACACCCAAUGACACGUCCACUGUGAAAGACAGACCCUCCAGCGUGUGCAGCCAGAAAAGUCCUGAGUAUGAGAACCUUGUGAACGCAAUGGAACUGGAAUAUGACAUAGAAACAAUGUAG